GAAAGCUGCCUUUGUUGCUUGUUAGGAUGUAAAACAAAGAUAGAAUAACGCAAUAGCGCUGAUAGCGUGCUGCUCGAACGCAACCAUUGUAGAAUGACCUUUACUUUUUAUACUGCCUACUUUCGUUGUAAACGGCCCUUAAAAGGUUCAAGGAGCCACGGACCACAGGAGGCACCAAACCAAACCUGAUGAUAUGGCUGCGAAAGAACAGAUUGUUGUCGAGUCAAUUGAUGAUGGUAUAGCUGAACCUGGAAUUGAGCCCGGAGCUUCUUCAGAAACGAUGCUUGUUACUACUGACAGUUUUGAUGAUUAUGAGCAAGAAAUGAGUAGUAGCAUCGAUAGCGACAGACAAAUUACGAAGAGCACUACCAACACUAUAUCCAAGAUCCAAGACGAUGAUGAACACAACAUUGCUACGCUCACCGCUACCAGUCCGAAAGAAUCCAAAAAACCUCUUUCCCUCAGUGAUGCGGAAAUGGACAGUGUUACACAUUGUUUAGGUCAAAGUAAUAUAGACGGGGAUCCGCUACAUUGUAAAAAAUGGUUAGCUCAAAAAAAACAUGUUUUUAUAUUGAGCCAAGCAGGAAAACCAAUUUAUUCUAGAUAUAGUUCAGAAGACAAACUAGUCACAGUUAUGGGAGUGAUGCAAGCUCUUGUAUCUUUUGUACAGGCUGGUAGUGAUAUGAUUAGAUCGGUACAUGCAGGUGACACAAAUUUUGUUUUUGUUGUGAAAGGUCCCUUGAUUUUAGUAGCAGUAUCUAAAACUUUGGAAAGUGUAUCUCAACUUACUUUACAGUUAACGUAUGUAUAUAAUCAAAUAGUCUCUGUAUUAACACAGUCUCAACUAAACAGAGUAUAUGAUCAGAGAAGAAACUUUGAUUUACGAAGGUUACUAAGUGGUAGCGAAAGACUGAUAGAUCAUUUAUUGAACUUUAUGGAUAGAGAACCAGCUUUUUUUCUAGGAGCUAUUAAAUGUUUACCUUUACUUUCUUCUAUGAGAAGCUCUAUUACACAAACUAUCAUUCAAACUUGUGCUAAAAUCAAGAAUUUAGUAUUUGCAAUACUUCUAGCUAACAAUCAAUUGGUAACACUAGUUAGAAUGAACAAAUUUUUUCUACAUCCAAUGGAUCUGCAUAUAAUACAAAAUCUAGUAGACAGUUCUGAGUCGCUCAAAACUGCUGAAAGUUGGACACCGAUAUGUCUACCAAAAUUUGAUUCCAAUGGAUAUAUGCACGGCCAUGUUUCAUAUUUAGCAGAAGAUUGUCAAGCUUGUUUGCUAUUGCUCACUGUUGAUAGGGAUGUGUUUUUUGUGCUGUCAGAAGCCAAACAAAAAAUAGUAGAGAGAUUGAGACGAACAAAUUGUCUAGAAGCGAUAAACGAAUCUAUGAACAAACCGACGGUAACGACUGCUGACAUUGGUUUACCCGAGAUGCGGCAUGUCUUGUACAAAUGUAAAAGCACUGCCCAAUUUUGGAACCCAGGACUUCAGCCACCUUACACAACAGAAGAAGAAAUAGAACGAUUAUUAGGUCUUUAUCAAUGUUUGCAUCACAGAUUGCAUUCUCCUAGUCGGCCUUUGAAACUUAUAUUUCAGCAAUUGGACAAAGAAACAAUGUUGGCAUGGGUGGCUUCUGGUUUUGAAUUAUACGUAACGUUUGAGCCUUUAAUUACGAAACCAGAUGCUAUUGAGGCAGUGAGCAAGUUGUUGAAGUGGAUAAAAAAAGAAGAAGAGAGAUUAUUUAUUCUGAAUUCGCCUACAUUUUAAAUAUUGCUAAGUAUGUUGUUUUCAUUGCCCAAAUAUACAGGAGAAAGAGAAGAAAGAAGAGAGAGCGAGAGAGAGAGAGAGAGAGAGAUAGAGGGAGAGAGAAAGGGAGAGGAAGAGAAAUAUCCCAAAAGAACACUUUUAAACUAAUCGCGCGCGUGUAUAAAAAUCUUACACAAAAGAUUUUGAAGAAAAGAUUUUGUAAGUCUUCGAACAACAGAAAUAAAGUAAAGUCAGUAAUAAUAGUGUUUUUUUUAUUAAUUAAUAAAAAAAAAUUUAUAUAAAGAAUAAAGCAAUUGUAAAUUUGUAAUUUUGUAUAAUAAUAUAAAACUGUAUUUGCAUAUCUUACACUGACUCGUUUUUAAGAAAACGCAAAUAAGAAUUCGACUGUCUCAUAUUAAUUUUAUACAUAUAUAUAUAUACACAUAAAGAAAUAUAUGUAUAUGUAUAAAUAUAAUAUUUAUUU